GACGGUGAAACGGCACAGCACAUGAAUCAAAUGGACCAAACAAAAUUCUGCUGUUCAGUCUGUUUGGAUCUACUGAAGGAUCCGGUGGCUAUUCCCUGUGGACACAGCUACUGCAUGAACUGUAUUAAAAGCUUCUGGGAUGAAGAGGAAAAGAAGAAAAUCUACAGCUGCCCUCAGUGCAGACAGACUUUCACACCGAGGCCUGUCCUGGUGAAAAACACCAUGUUAGCAGAUUUAGUGGAGGAGCUGAAGAAGACUGGACUCCAAGCUGCUCCUGCUGAUCACUGCUAUGCUGGACCUGAAGAUGUGGCCUGUGAUUUGUGCUCUGGCAUGAAGCUAAAAGCUGUAAAAUCCUGUCUGGUGUGUUUGGUCUCUUACUGUGAGAAACACCUUCAGCCUCAUUAUGAUGUGGCUCCAUUAAAGAAACACAAGCUGGUGGAGCCCUCCAAGAAGCUCCAGGAGAACAUCUGCUCUCGUCAUGAUGAGGUGAUGAAGAUGUUCUGCCGUACUGAUCAGCAGAGUAUCUGUUAUCUCUGCUGUGUGGAUGAACAUAAAGGCCACGACACAGUCUCAGCUGCAGCAGAAAGGACUGAGAGGCAGAGAGAGCUGGAGGUGAGUCGACAAAACAUCCAGCAGAGAAUCCAGGACAGAGAGAAAGAUGUGAAGCUGCUUCAACAGGAGGUGGAGGCCAUCAAUCAGUCUGCUGAUCAAACAGUGGAGCACAGUGAGAAGAUCUUCACUGAGCUGAUCCAUCUCAUCCAGAAAAGAAGCUCUGAUGUGAAGCAGCAGAUCAGAUCCCAGCAGGAAACUGAAGUGAGUCGAGUCAAAGAGCUCCAGGAGAAGCUGGAGCAGGAGAUCACUGAGCUGAAGAGGAAAGAUGCUGAGCUGAAGCAGCUCUCUCACACAGAGGAUCACAUCCAGUUUCUACACAACUACCCCUCACUGUCAGCACUCAGUGAGUCUACAGACUCAUCCAGCAUCAAUAUCCGUCCUCUGAGCUACUUUGAGGAUGUGACAGCAGCUGUGUCAGAGGUCAGAGAUAAACUACAGGACAUUCUGAGAGAGGAAUGGACAAACAUCUCACUGACAGUCACUGAAGUGGAUGUUUUACUGUCAGAUCCACCAGAGCCAAAGACCAGAGCUGGAUACUUAAAAUAUUCAUGUGAAAUCACACUGGAUCCAAACACAGCACACAAACAGCUGUUAUUAUCAGAGGGGAACAGAAAAGUAACAGCAGUGAAACAACAACAGUCUUAUUCUGAUCAUCCAGACAGAUUCAAUGAAUGGUGUCAGGUCCUGAGUAGAGAGAGUCUGACUGGACGUUGUUACUGGGAGGUGGAGUGGAGAGGGGGAGCAGUUUAUGUAGCAGUCGCAUACAAGAAUAUCAGCAGAGCAGGAAGUGGGUAUGAGUGUGUAUUUGGACAUAAUGACAAAUCUUGGUCAUUAGAUUGUAACAACAGCAGUUAUAAAUUUCGGUACAACAACAUCCAAACUCGUGUCUCAGGUCCUCGUUCCUCCAGAGUAGGAGUGUACCUGGAUCACAGAGCAGGUAUUUUGUCCUUCUACAGCGUCUCUGAAACCAUGACUCUCCUCCACAGAGUCCAGACCACAUUCACUCAGCCGCUCUGUGCAGGACUGAGGUUUUACUAUGCUGUACUUGGAGCCACUGCUGAGUUGAUUAAACUGAAAUAGACUGAAGUCUUUCAUAUUGUGGGUUUAAAUCUGUAUUUUAGUUUCAUUUUAUUUUCUCUCCAUCAUUUCUGCACAGAGAUCAGCUGUCAGUCAAACAUUAUGGGUGGUACCUCCACAUCUUCUAGUUGUUCUCUUGAUGUUUCUGAGUUUUUAAAGGAGAUCUUUCCUGUGACUGUUUAUGGAGGCUAUCACUGCUCAUCAUCAUUUUCAUUUACUAAAAUAUUUCUCCACAUGAAAAUGUAAACUUCUCUAUCCUCUAAAUGUUUCUGGAAUAUUUGUAUUGAAAAAUGUCGACAUUUCUCUUUAUGAGUAUGGCAGACCAUGUGUGUGUGUGUGUGUUUGUUUUUGUCAAAAUCAUCAAAGA